GUCCCACGAUCCCGCGGUUCCCCCGCCGCAGCCCGUUUCACCAGCCGUCCUGUAUUCCAGGCACCCGGCUGUGACAGCUUGCGGCUUCACAGCCGGGUACCCACUGCGCAUGUGCGAGUAGUGCUGCGCUUCAUGAAUGGUCCUGUAGUCUUCUGGGACCUGUCACGUGUCCCACAAGACUACAGGGAGGGAGGGUAGGAGGACAACGUCCACUUCCGAUCGCCUAGGCCAGGAGUAGGCAACCUGAGAGCCACAGGACUAAAACGGGUACCCGCUCCCCAAAGGUGCCAAUCCUUAAUGGGGAGCGGGGGACCAAUCUUUAAAGCGGAACUUCCCCUUUUGUGGGGAACUCCGCUUUUAAA